AUGAGCAGUUCCGGUGGUGGAAGCUCGUCGAAACCAAGAAGUGCUUCUUUUCAACCUUCCGAAACUUCUUCAAAGCGCAAAAGAGGAGUCUUCCAAAAAGAACUGCAGCACAUGAUGUACGGCUUUGGAGAUGAUCCAAAUCCUCUUCCUGAAAGUGUGGCACUUAUGGAGGAUAUUGUUGUGGAAUAUGUCACGGAAUUGGUACAUAAAGCUCAAGAUAUUGGAUCACAGAGAGGGAAGCUAUCUGUUGAGGAUUUCCUUUAUUUGAUUCGCAAGGAUUUGCCAAAACUUAAUCGAUGUACAGAAUUGUUGUCCAUGAAUGAAGAGCUGAAACAGGCAAGGAAAGUCUUUGAAUCAGAUGAAGACAAACUGAGGAAGGUUUUUGAGGUAGAUGAACCCGUUGAAUGA